AUGGACGAUUAUGUGGCAUCAUAUGAGACAGAACGGGAACUCAUAUCAACAGCGACACAGGUGAGACUAGCACACGCGGAGGCUAGCUUUCGGCUGCGCAGCUACGCUAGCAACAGCGAGUUGUUAAUGCGAAACAUCGAUCCGGAGGAGCGAGCGACGGGACCUUCUCAUCUCGGAGAAAAGCAACAGACCGUCCUCGGAAUGACGUGGGACCCAGAGACGGAUACGCUGGGGUACAACACGAAAAUGCUACGAGUGCCAGACGACGUGAAAAGGUACGAGCGAUCGCCCACUAAAAGGGAACUUUUGAGUGCCGUAAUGUCAGUUUACGACCCAUUAGGCCUCAUAGCGCAGUAUAUGAUAAGCGCUAAGAUCAUAUUCCAACGUGUGUGGACAAAGGGCACGGACUGGGACGAGCGGCUGCCGGCGGAGGAAGCGGAGGACUUUUUCCGGUGGCUGAGGGCACUGAGCGACGUGUCCGCGCUGCGAAUACCCCGACGAUACGCCACGCCCACCGGUGCAGUUAGAAGAGAACUGCAUAUUUUCAGUGAUGCAUCGACCGAGGCCUACAGCGCGGCGGCCUAUUGGCGAGUAUCGAACGACGAGGAGGAAACGCAAGUGAGCUUAGCUAUAGCGAAAAGCCGAGUUUGCCCGCUAAAGGUAAUGACAGUUCCCAGGCUCGAAUUAACCGCAGCAGUCGUCGGCGUGCGGCUGGCGGAGACAAUUUUACGCGAGCAGCGUUAUCCUGUGACAAAGGUGACGUAUUGGACAGAUUCCAUGGUUGUUCUCGGAUGGGUUCGCGAUGACGCGCGAAACUAUCGUCCGUACGUGUCACACCGACUUGCGGAGAUCGCCGAGAAAACAGAUAGAGACGCGUGGAGGUAUGUACCAACCGCUCAGAACCCCGCAGAUCGAGCGACGAGAUGUCAACCAGCGCAGAGCGUGCGCAUCGAGGACGAGUGGUACGAAGGACCGCGCUUUCUCUAUGGACCCGAGACAUCAUGGCCUAGUCACACAUCGAAUCGAACAGACGACCUGCCUGAGAGGAAGGCGAGGCCGUCAACCGCGACAUCACUGGCGAUCAUCUCAGCGAAGCCAGACCCUUCGAGCGUACUGCCAGACGUGAGACGGUUUAGCAGUUACGACAGACUGUUGAACGCGACAGCGAACGUCUUGCUAUUCAUCGAGAAAAUGAGAACGAAGAAUAAAGCCUUGCAGCUACAAGUCAGACAUUUGAGAAAGGCAGAACACAUGUGGUUGCAAUACAGUCAACGACGAAGCUUUCCCGAAGAGCUUCGAGCCUUAAGCCAGAAUAGGCUCAUCGAUCGCAAAUCGCGAUUAUACGACCUGGCACCCGAGCUAGGCGAUGACGGCGUGUUACGCAUGAAGACGAGGCUGGGCAGCGCUCCAGUAUUGUACACCGCGCUACAACCGAUAAUACUGGAUGGCCGCGAGCCGUUCACCCGUCUACUCAUCCUGCGAGCUCACCGACGAUCAGCGCACAUUCACAACGAAGCAGUAAUCAACGAACUGCGACAAGAAUAUUGGAUACUACAUCUGCGGCCGACCGUGAAGUCUGUAGCUCGAAACUGCGCGCUAUGCACACUACGACGAGCAACACCGAGAGCGCAGCCCUUAGGCGAUCUCCCGCCCGAGCGACUACAGGCGUAUCAACGUCCCUUCACUCACACCGCACAAGACUACAUGGGACCGAUGUUCGUCACGAUCGGACGGCGCAGAGAAAAACGCUGGGUGUGUCUAUACACGUGCCUAGUGACGCGCGCUAUUCACCUUGAAAGCGUGCACAGUCUUUCAACCGACAGCGCGCUACUAUCACUACGAAGAUUCGCCGCGAGAAGAGGAUGGCCCAGAACGAUGUACAGCGAUAACGCGACGUGCUUCAGGGCGGCGGCGACGGAACUACGUGAGGCGUACCGGCAAUGGCUGCCUGUACUGCAAACUUACGCCACUCAGAACCGAAUGGAGUGGAAAUUCAUCCCACCUGGCAAUCCUUCGGCCGGGGGCGCGUGGGAGCGAAUGAUAAGGACAGUUAAGAUAGCGAUGUCCUACACUUUCAACGAACGAGCACCGAAACCCGAAGUUUUCGAAACUCUACUCGCCGAGAUAGAGAAUAUCGUCAACCGACGACCACUUACACAUGUCAACGUCGAUCCAGACUCCGAAGAAAGUUUGACUCCAGCACACUUUCUACUUCUUCAUAACGCUAACCUACCGAUGAUUGGCGUUUACGACGAGAACGAGAAGAAGCAAUGGAAGAUGGCCCAAGCGCUUGCCGACCACUUUUGGCGGCGCUGGACCAAAGAGUACUUUCCUCUACUGGCACCGAGGAAGUCGUCCCACGACGGAGGGCGGCAACUUCAACCAGGCGAUGUGGUCAUCGUCGCUGAACCCAAUGGUCCACGCAGCGUGUGGCCCCGAGGCGUCGUCGAGACUACCUACCCGGGACCCGAUGGACGGGUCCGCUCCGCUGACAUCAGAACGAGACACGGGACGCUACGCAGGCCCAGCUGCAGGCUGGCGGUCAUCGCGUCGCAACCCAUGCACCAGGAGUCUUCGACUGCGGGGACAAAAUGUUAG